AUGGCUUCACAAAAUAGCAUUUAUACGCCAGGUCAAUUUAUGAACCCUGGACCUGCGCCUCGACCUCCUGCUGGCCCUCGACUUAAUUACACACCUACAACGGUGAAUCUGCCAGGAAAUAUGACUGCUCCCAACAUUUCUCAGUUGAGCAUCAAUUCUCCCAUGACCCGAACUGUCACUUCAACUUAUUCCGGCUCGACAGUCUCUCUCCCGGUUGCUCGUCAGCAGACCAAUAUGGAUGGACAAGGAGGUGUCGCAGUCAUCAAGGAAGGAUGGGCCUCAGUAAAGGAGGGCAAAAACUUCAUCAGUCCUUGGAAAAACAAGUGGCUCAUCCUUCGGAAAGAAGCCCUUGAUUUCCACAAGACGGAGGGGGGUAAAGUGGCAUAUCAGAUUGUGCUCAAGGAUGUCCUUGGAGUUUCGAGAGUUGAAGCGGCUGGAACCAUCUUCGAGAUUAGGAGAACCUCGAACGGCUCAUCAAAUAAUCCCGGAGACGAUGACAGUACUGGGAGAACUCUUCAGAUUAAAGUGAAGACGGACGAUGACUUGUACGAAUGGAUCGACUUCAUCUAUGCACGUUGUCCGGGUAUGGGCGGUGUCAGCAACCCUACCAACUUCAGCCAUUCUGUCCAUGUCGGUUUCGAUCCCAAGACUGGAGAGUUUGUCGGAUUGCCUGCAGAGUGGUCAAAAUUGCUAAACUCUUCCGCUAUCACCAAGGAAGAUUAUGAGAGAAAUCCCCAAGCUGUUUUCGAAGUCUUGGAAUUUUACUCCGACAUUACCAAGCGUCAACAGGAUCCCCAGCAAUUCUCGAGUUUGACCCCUACACCACCUGCUGCUCUCAACACAAACAAACAACUUGGUUAUGUGCCAGGGAACUCCAUCGCACCACCCCGACCUGUUCAGCCCCAACAGCAGCAGCAGCAGCCUCGAAACAACAGUUAUGUAUCUCCUCAGCAGCAGCAACAACAGCCUCGACGACCAACACCUCCGGAAAGUCAGCAACAAAGUCAGCAACGAAUCCAGAUGCAGCAAAUGGCAUCCAACUAUGUUAGUCCGGAUGCUCGUGAGGAGCAGAGACAAAUACAACUGGAGGCACAGAGACAGCGGGAACUCGAGAUGGCGGAACAAAACCGACUUGAUAUGGAAUCCUAUAAUGCAUCAAUUCCUCAAACUCGUACCCCGAUGGCUAAGCAGGAGAUUGGUGGUGGUAGCUAUUCAACCAGUCCCGCCCAAGACAGAUACAAUCCCACACGGGUGGCACCUUCUGCUCCUCGUCCACAGCAAGGACAACAGACUGUUGCUCAAAGACCUGCUCAAAGACAAGCACCAUCUGCACCUACUGCAAGUGGCCCAACCAGACCACCUCUCAAUACCCAGCAGAGCUCUUCCUCAAUCAGAGACCAGAAUGGAUCGAAUAGAUCACCAUCGGAGAGACAAGAUCCUCGAUAUCCCAAUGGCCAAGCUUCCAAUGGUUCUCAACAACAACAACAACAAACACCACCCCCAUCGAGGUUACCUGGCCCAAUCAAUAACGUCAAGCCACUCAAUGUUGCACCAAAACCAGCUGCCAAUGGUAUUCAACAGACUGAUGCGGUCAAAGCUGCAGAAGCUGCUCUAACUGCUAAGCCAGCAGCUUCUGAACAACAACGCGCAAAAGACGUUCGCAUGUCAACUAUGUCGGAGAGCGAAGUCAUGGUAAAGUUGAAAGAAGCUGUGUCCAAGGAUGAUCCCAAUCUUUCCUACUCCAAGCAGAAGAAGAUUGGUCAAGGUGCUUCUGGUUCUGUCUAUGUUGCAAAGGUGAAGGAGAAUCCCGCAUCCCCUGUUGCACGUGAGGUUCUGCGCCAACAAGGUAGCAAAGCCCAGGUUGCUAUUAAACAAAUGGAUUUGGCACACCAGCCAAGAAAGGAGUUGAUUGUAAAUGAGAUCAUGGUUAUGAAGGAUAGCAAACAUCGCAACAUUGUCAAUUUCCUUGAUGCUUUCCUGCGAAACAACUAUACUGAGCUGUGGGUUGUCAUGGAGUAUAUGGAGGGAGGUGCCUUGACCGAUGUCAUUGACAACAACUCAAACAUUACCGAAGACCAAAUUUCGACUAUUUGCCUCGAGACCUGUCGUGGACUCGAGCAUCUUCAUGCACAGAAGAUUAUCCAUCGUGAUAUCAAGAGUGACAAUGUUCUGCUUGAUGCACGCGGUAACGUCAAGAUCACUGAUUUUGGAUUCUGCGCCAAGCUUACUGAAUCUAAAUCUAAGCGUGCUACUAUGGUGGGUACCCCUUACUGGAUGGCUCCUGAAGUUGUCAAGCAAAAGGAAUAUGGUCCAAAGGUUGAUAUCUGGUCCCUUGGUAUCAUGGCCAUUGAGAUGAUCGAAUCAGAACCACCUUAUCUGAAUGAGGAACCCCUCAAGGCUCUAUAUCUGAUUGCUACCAAUGGCACACCACGUCUCAAGAAACCCGAGAAACUCAGCAAAGAGCUCAAGGCUUUCUUGUCUGUCUGUCUUUGUGUCGAUAUCCGUAGCAGAGCAUCUGCCGAUGAAUUGCUGAUGCAUGAUUUCUUGAAGCAUGGCUGCGAUACCGCGAGCUUGGCAAAUCUUCUACACUUCCGCAAGAACGCCAAAUAA